AAAUAACCUGGUUCAAGUAAAGAACAAGAGCAUAUUUUUGUGGCCCUCUUGCCUCUCAAAUUGAGUUUCUCCUUUUCCCUCUCUCUCCCUCUGCCGCUCACACGCACACGCACAGCUCGCGGCCUCGUUUUUCUACCAGCUACGGCAAUCGAAUUCGAUACUCGAUUUUCCUAUUUUCUUCAAAGGAGUUUGUAGUUUAUUGGAAGAUAGAGUGAAGAAGUGUGGUGUAAACGCCCUAAUUUCUGAUGUCGUUGAGGAUAAAAACAGUUGUAGACAAGUUUGUGCAAGAGUUGAAGGAGGCUCUAGAUGCAGAUAUACAAGAUAGGAUCAUGAAGGAGAGGGAGAUGCAGAGUUACAUCGAGGAACGUGAGCGUGAGGUUGCCGAGCGAGAAGCUGCUUGGAAGGCGGAACUCUCACGCCGUGAGGCAGAAAUUGCUAGGCAAGAAGCCCGGUUAAAGAUGGAGAGGGAAAACCUCGAGAAAGAGAAGAGCGUGCUGAUGGGGACUGCAUCAAAUCAGGACAACCAAGACGGGGCUCUUGAAAUAACCGUCAGUGGUGAGAAAUAUCGCUGCCUCCGGUUUGCAAAGGCGAAGAAAUGAGCCUCUCCUUCCGCAUAGUGCAAGCAUAUUUUUCUUUAACUGUUCUCCACGCUCUUGUUUGUGCAUCUUUGACGAUGCGCGUUCAUUUAGCCAUCCCAACGGCGAGCAGUAUCGAAUUUCUCUUGGCAAUGAAGGGAACAAAAAUGGGGACUUGGGCUCUUAGACUUUCUAGUUUAGAUUAUGAUUGAUUGCUUUGUGAAAAUUCUCUGAUUAUUCUGUGUAAAUAUCAGUUGAUCAAUCUUGGGCUCUUUCUUUCCUGGUUGCUAAAGAAAUCAAAAUUUGGUAUCAUCUCA